AUGGGCGCCUAUCCAGGUGGUAUGAUAUACGAGAACGCAACGCUGCCUUCCCGUUCCGCUCACUGGUAUUCCGUCAUGGACCAUGACGGUCGUGCGAAGGGGUUUGCACCAUAUGUAGACCACCCGGAAGAGUACCAAGUCUUUGUAUCCGCAAAAGAAAACCAAGCAGAAUCCAUCCAAGAGGCCAUCGAUGAUGCCGCCGGGUUGAACCGCAAUGCGGCCCAAGAACGUCAUGGCUAUUGGGUGUCAUCUAUGCCACGGGUGGUCUAUGUCCCCCCCGGGAACUACACAUUUAAAAAGACUCUGGUCAUGAACACGGACACCAUUCUCAUGGGCGACGCCCGUGAUCCUCCCGUCAUCCGCGCGACCCCCGACUUUAAAGAAGAUGUUCUUCUCAACGCCAGGGAACUCACCGCGCUCUACUGGGGAGUCGCUCAAGGGUCUCAUCUUCAGAACGUCCAAAUCAGGAUGGCACAGUCGACCGACCGUAAAGACGGACACACUGGCAUCAGACUGGGCGUAGGCUCAAUUCUCAGCCUGGGUGAUGUCCGAAUCGAAAAUGGCCUAAACGGAAUCUGGCACGACGGUCACCAGAGUGCGCUUUUGAAAAAUAUCAGCUUCUACCGCAACACGGUCGGUCUGCGCGUUUCAAACGGCAGCGCCGUCACCCUGCUUGCUCCGACUUUUGAAAACGUCGACGUCUGUGUCAACCACACGAGCGGCAGCGCCUUUGUUGGCAUCGUCGACGGCAGGUCCAUCAACUCUGGCCUCACAUUCCUCUCUGGGCAAGCAAGCAACGACACGAACCGGCCUUCUCUUCUCCUCGACAACUUGGACACAAUACGCGACCCGGAAUAUGAGCUCGAGAACACCGUACAGAUAAAUGGUCGUACUGUCCUUGGCCCCGUUGACCAUGUCCACAGCUUCUCCUAUGGAAACACGGUAGGUCGCAACCCCAUCUACGGCGUGACAACUAACAAGACCAUCGCACGGUCACGAAUAGCUGCCCCCCAUGGCAGAAUCCCUGUACACCCGCCCCCAAAUUACGCACUCAGCACCUGGUCGGAUUUUAUAAACGUCAAAGACUCUAAACAGAAUGGUGGGUAUACCGUCCGGGGAGACGGCACGACGGAUGACGUUGAAGCCCUUACCAAGGUCCUCCAACACGCCGUCAAAGAGGACAAGAUUGCGUACUUCCCCUUUGGCGACUACCGUAUUUCUUCGACGCUUGUCAUACCGGUUGGAUCCCGUAUUUACGGCGAGGCGUGGCCAGCCAUCUCCGGGGCGGGCACCCGCUUCUUGGAUGCGGAAAACCCGAGGCCCGUCGUGCAAGUCGGCAAGGUGGGCGACCUCGGCACGAUCCAUAUUCAGGACAUGCGCUUCACGGUUGCCGAAGUCUCUCCGGGUGCCAUCAUCCUUCAGUUCCUCGCGCAUGGUAAGAAGCCAGGCGACGUGGCGAUGUGGAACUCCAUCGUCAACGUUGGGGGACUCCGAGGCGCCCCGGACAUGGCGUGGCGUUGCGCAGAUGGCUCUCAUCCGUGCCAAGCGGCCUACCUGGGCAUGCAUUUCGCCAGGGGAUCCUCCGUCUACGUCGAAAACGUGUGGAACUGGGUAGCCAGCCGCAACGCCGAGGACUUCUUCGCCGGCGUGAACAUUGCAGCAAAGGGCGGCGUCUUGGUCGAGUCCACCAACGGCACCUGGUUUCACGGCCUGGGCUCCGAGCACUGGUGGCAGUAUCAGCUGAAUCUUCGAUCGGCCUCCAAUGUCGUCCUGUCAAUGCUCAGGACCGAGGCCAAUCCUGCGCAGGGCGAUGCAGCAAAGCAGAUGCUUCCUUGGCCAGGGACGUCCGAUCCCAAGGGCUGGGGAGACCCCGAUUACUCCCGGUGCCAUGACUCUGACCCAGCCUGCCGCAUGGGCAUUGGCAACUACAUCAACGGAGGGUCUGACAUUUACUACUAUGGAGCUGCGUCGUGGGUGUCCCGCGCUGGGCCUGAACAUCCGCGCUGCUACGCAGGCUACCAGUGUCAAAGAUACAUGCACUAUAUUGCCAAUACUCCCACGAAUCUUCAGGCAUACGGCUUGUGCUCCAACGAUACCAAGUAUGCUCUUCGCCUUGGAGACGGUACAAAUGUUGUAGCGAACGGCUCAUUUUAUGGACCUGGUUGGCCCAAGGGCUCUGUUGUUGGCCGUUAUACAACCUAA